CGCCCUUUCCAUUCCAUCCUCUGCCCCGGCUUCCCUUCCGUCUCCAUUUGCUCUGCCUUGUCGGAGCCGCAGCCGCAGAGCAGAGCAGAGCAUACCAUGGCUCACCCCAGCGCCCGCCUCCUCUUCGCCGCCGCGGCAGCACUGUCCCUGCUAUUCUUCUUCUCCACCUCAGAGGCGGGCACGGUGGGCGUGAACUGGGGGCGGGUGGCGAACGACCUGCCGAGCCCGGCAUCCGUGGUGAGCCUCCUCAAGCAGCACGGCAUCACGCAGGUGAAGCUCUACGACACGGAACCCGCCGUGCUCCGCGCGCUGGCCAACACGGGCGUCAAGGUCAUCGUGGCGCUCCCCAACGAGCAGGUGGCCGCGGCCGCCCGGCGCCCGUCCUACGCGCUGGCAUGGGUGCGCCGCAACGUGGCGGCAUACUACCCCGCCACGCAGAUCCAGGGCGUGGCCGUCGGCAACGAGGUGUUCGCCACGGCCGGCAACGUCACGGCCCAGCUCGUUCCCGCCAUGGCUAACAUCCACGCCGCGCUGCAGAGGCUCAACCUCGAUAAAGCCGUCAAGGUUUCUUCCCCCAUCGCGCUCACGGCCCUGGCUUCGUCCUACCCGCCCUCGGCUGGCGUGUUCAGGGAAGAGCUCGCGCAGGCGGUCAUGAAGCCGAUGCUGGACUUCUUGUCCCAGACGGGCUCCUACCUCAUGGUGAACGCCUACCCGUUCUUCGCCUACGCGGAGAACGCGGGCGUCAUCUCGCUCGACUACGCGCUGUUCCGCCCGAAUGCCGGCGAGCUGGACGCCGGGAGCGGGCUCAAGUACUACAGCCUCCUGGACGCGCAGCUGGACGCCGUGUUCGCGGCCGUCGGCAAGCUCGGCGGCAACGCCUACAAUGGCGUGCGGCUCGUUGUGUCCGAGACCGGGUGGCCGUCGAAAGGGGACGCCAAGGAGACCGGCGCGGCCGCGAGCAAUGCGGAAGCCUACAACGGCAACCUCGUGCGGCGCGUGCUGUCGGGCAACGCGGGCACGCCGCGCCGUGGGGAUGCCGACAUCGACGUGUACCUCUUCGCGCUGUUCAACGAGAACCAGAAGCCCGGGCCGACCUCGGAGCGCAACUACGGCGUCUUCUACCCCAACCAGCAGAAGGUCUACGACGUCGAGUUCGUCCUCGGCGGCGGCGGCGGCGUUGGCGCUGGCGGCAAGGGCAGCAAAGGCAAUGGCGGCGGCGGGGGGCUCGGGUGGCAGGACGACGGCAGGAACGGCAAUGGUGCCGCCCCAAGUGGCGUCCCGGCAGGGGUGAAGGUGGGGGCGCCGGGGGAGGCGUGGUGCGUGGCGAACGCCAUGGCCGGGGAGGCGAGGCUGCACGCGGCGCUCGACUACGCGUGCGGGCCGGGCGGGGCCGACUGCAAGGCCAUCCAGCCCGGGGCGGCGUGCUUCGAGCCCAACACCAUGGUGUCGCACGCCUCCUACGCCUUCAAUGACUAUUACCAGCGGAAAGGACGCUCCAUCGGCACCUGCGACUUCGCCGGCGCCGCCUACGUCGUCAACCAGGCACCAAAGAUGGGCAAGUGCGAGCUGCCGUCGACGGUCUGAGCCAAACCAGCAACAGUAUCCAAGCAUGCAUCUGGGGAUGCGAGAAGAUUAAGGAAGGGGUCGGCCAGCGCAGCAGGGAAAGACGGGAGAGGGAUGUUGGAAUCUCUGCGCCCUUUCGCUCUUUUUCUCCUCGACUCCUGCAUCGUCGAGGGUACUACCAGUAGAACGAUUCAGUACUGUAGAUGUCUUUUCUUUUUUGCAGCCUUGGCUAAAUGGGGGAUAUCUUUGUUUAACUAGUCUCUGUAACUACGCUAUUACUAGUACUUUGUUGCUGUAAGCUUUGGUUACUAUAGUAUAUAUAGAUUAAUUUCUAGCCUUUGCGGCCA